AUGCAGAGGAUCAUCAUCUCAACAGGCAUGACCUUAGAACAAAAGCACACCCGCAGCAGAACUCUGCAGGACCCCAGCCAAACCCUCCUGGUUUUGAAGAGAGAGAAGCGGAAGCUGGCAGAUGAAAACGUCCGUCUGAGGAAGCUGGAGGCUGAAUACUACGCACAGAAGGAGAUGGAGGAUGAAAACCCCUACAACUUUAAAAUCAGCUCAGACAGCGACGAGUCUGACACCAGCUCGCCACUGUCUCCUGAGGAGCUGAGGGUCCUUCUGCGCAAACAGGGUUUGCAAGUUUUCUCACCAGAUGAUGAGGAACUGCCGGAAGAGAAGAGGAAAAAGUCUUCAAUCUCCCUGCUGCACGAGUUCAACGUCAAGGAGUGGAUCUGCAGCGGGUUUACUGAACUGAAGACUUCUCUGAAGCAUGGAGAUGCCUUCAUCUGCUGCAUUUUGAGCCACGGCUUAAAGGGCGAAGUCUUCGGGAAGGAUUGGAAGUCCCUCACCAUUAAACAAAUAACUAAAACUUUCAAGUCGAGCGACCAGUCGGCCCUCACAGGCAAACCCAAAGUGUUCCUGAUCCAGGCCUGCCAGGGACCGCACAGACACCGUGGAGUGUUGCUUGCAGACCUGGAGGCUGAUGAUUCAUCCCUACAAUGCAUUCCUGAAGAGGCCGAUGUUCUGGUUGCUUUCGCUACUGUUGAGGACCAUGUAUCAUAUAGAUCAACAACCGAAGGGAGCUGGUUCAUCCAAUCAGUGUGUCAGAAGCUAAAGGAGGGUUGUUGCAGGAAUGAUGAUUUCAUCACCAUCCUCAAACGUGUGAAUAAGGACGUAAGCCAGAAAGAAGGCACUGGACAAAGUGGAGCAGCAAAGCAGAUGCCUGAAGUCAGGUUCACCCUGAGGAAAUCACUUCUGUUGUCACCGCUUGGAGCUUCAUCUCUGUUGUCUUAAAUGUGCUCAAUAAUGUGUAUCUUUCUGAAUUAUCUCUCAAUCACAUGUAACAGUUAUUGCCAUUUAUAUUUUUCCAGACUUUUGUCAUAGAAUUCGUUGGUUGUGGUUUUAAUUUUAAAUUUAAUUUUCAGUGUGUGCAGUGGUUGUGGACAGGAUUAAGCCUUCUAUUUUUAAACAUUUUUAUGCAAAAAGUCUGGAUCCUGGAACCAGUGAGUAGUGUGCCACUGGUUGUAAUGUUCCUGUAGGGCUAGGGUUUGGAGAUGUGUGAUUUGUUGCUAUUUAUUUUAAUUUUAUAAUUUGUAUAUAAUAACAGUUUUUACAUCCUGUUGGAUCAUUGUUGUAGUUUACAUUGUUCUCAUUAGAAACGUGUUUUAUUAGUGUGAUAUGUGUUUUGAAAUGUAAAUAGUUAUCUCUCCAAAAAAUGUUAAUCAACCCUGUUUGU